CGUCGAGACUUUAUCUUGACAAACAUACUUUACCUUGACAGGUUCCUUGCACGUGACUUAAACUCUCUUAGAACCUUGGUGCCCGCAUUGCAGCCGAAUCAGGUGCUCGCUGAAAAACUCCUCAUCCUGAAUCACUGCAACAUACGUUACCCAGCUUCUCUCACAAGUUUCAUCUUAUCCUUGACUUGGUCGAUCGCUUCCAUUUCCCAUGACCAAUUAGAAAAUCAGCGCACCAAAACAUCAUGUCGCCAUCUUCUACGCAGCAAGACGCCGAGGAACUGGUCCCGACCGCGCAGUCAUGGCAUCAAUAUGAGCCAACGACCAAUUCUUGGGAAACAGUCGAAAACCACGGCGUCAACAAUCCUUCACCAUUCUUACCUCAAGAUACUACCGAAUCAAGCUCUCAUUUUGUUCUCGCCACGUGGAACGUGGAGGCAUUCGAUCGAGAGCCUACCCGCCGCAUCACAGCAAUUCUCGACCAUCUUCUGAACCAUUCGCCCUCACCCGAUGUGAUCUUCUUCCAAGAAGUGUCGAGAACGAUGCUGAGUGCGUUGCUGAAUAACAGCACAGUUCGCGACAAUUGGUAUUCCAGCGAAAAAGACUCACGAAACUGGAUAGGUGCUCCUCUCACGGCUUUCGCUACAAUGACUCUCCUAUCCAAGGCCAAAUUUGGUCACUUCGGUAGGGCAGCUCUGGCGGGGCUGGGAAGGGUCUCACGAAUCAAGUAUCGGUCUUUCUACAGACGAGACGCACUGUGCAGUGAGGUGUUUGUACCAUCGCGGCAGCUGGGGACUCAGAUGACCACAUACAAGCGGCUCCAACUUGUCAACGUGCAUCUAGACUCUCUAUCCAACGGGGCAGCAUGCCGUCCGGCUCAACUCCAGUGUGUUGGAUCACUUCUACACGAUGUUGGCCAUGGGCUGGUAGCGGGAGACUUCAAUCCUGUCACUCCACAUAUCGAUGCAAGCCUGGUAGAAGACAAUGACCUCCUCGACGCGUGGAAGGAGUUGAAAGGCGAGGAGAAUGGGUACACAUGGGGAGUUAAUGGUACCGAAAAAUUCCCAGCGAACCGGAUGGAUAAGGUUGCGAUGGUGGGGCUCAGACCACUGCAUAUCGAAGUUUUGCAUCCGAUGCAGGUACUUUUGCCUGGCGAAGAUGGCUCUGUUCCAUGGAGCGACCACUCCGGGCUCAAGUGUACUUUCACGCUUGCCUCACCUUAAAGAAGCCAAAUUGCAGAGGCUAGAAUUAUCCAAAUAGUCAUAAUGUCAUACAUUACUAUCGCAAG